GCCACUAGCAUCGCAGCUUGCGCCAUUUGUGCCAGUGUUGAGGACUGGCUGUCCUUCAAGAUGAUUCUGCUCGGGAUGAUCUCCUCUGGAAUCACUUCUUUCAUUAUGUGCACUGGGAAAAUCACCCUUGAACGGCUCAAACCGGCGGAUGGAGUUCCACCUGGAGACGGUAUGCUACUGUCGGAUAAUCGCAUCGUGAUAUUGAGGGGCAACGAGGAGGACGUAAACGCUGUGACCAAGGGAAAACUGCGAUUGAAGCUCAAAGGAGGGGGUUGCGCCCUCCUUCUCUGCGCAGUCAUAGCAUUGUUGCAAGUUACCCUACAAGUCGUAUUCAUACCUUUCGGGUCGCUACCAGGGCAACUCGUGUUCCUG